AUGAGUAAUGCAGCGUUUGCCGAUAUGUCGAGUAAAACAACUGAAAGACUUAUACAUAAUCAUCCAAUGUUGAAUACUCAAACUAAGAGCCCAAUGACUCUUCAACGACAAGAAAUUAAGGAGCGUUUGGAUACAACACCACACAAUAAAACAGUCGUCGAUUUAGAUGAAAUUAUUGAAAAAUGGGUAUGGAAAAUGUGGGAAUUAUCAAAACGUAGUCGAGAAGAUUCCAAAUAUCGCCGUGAAGAACUCGAUGUAAAAUUAAAUUGGAAACGUGUUAAUUUCUGGCAAUCAGAAGCUGUUUUUACACGACCAGCUCAAUUACGUAUGCCAAAAUCUCAAAUAUUAUUUAAAACACAUUUUUCAAAUAAUACUGAAAGUGAACAAGAAUAUUCUUUACGUGCUGAACGUACAACUGUAACAACAUUAAAUUUUACCUUUAUGCGUGGUUUUACAAAAGAAAAAGAAGGUUGUGUAACAUUAAAAUUACCAAAUGAAGUUUUAGAAGUUGGUGGUGGUCUUCGACAUGAACAACGUGUAGAUUUUGGAAAAGAUUCAACAUUUGAAACACAAAUGACAUGGUCAGCUGAUUCAGCCAUUCGUGUUGCACCACAUUCAAAAGCAAAUGCUGAAUUAAGUAUCAGUGAAGAAGAAUAUUCAGCUGAUUUUUCUGUUGAAGUACGUUUUAGUGGUCGAAUAUCGGCUAUGAUAAGUACAAGAAAUAAUGCAGGUGGCUAUUAUAAAUAUAUGGAAGGUGAUUUAGCAACAAUAUUUGCUGAACAAUUACGUACAGGUGGUUCUGGAGCAAGUGCUGGUCAAUUUGAAGUUCAUGAACAAACACAAACCGUUCGAACAGUUAUGUUAGGAAAAUGCGCAUUUCGUUAUGGUAUUGAACAACAUGUUAAUGUUGAACAAGAAAAAUUAACUGAUUCAUCUUCAUCAUCAUUUAAAACAACUGAACCACCACCAAGAUAUCGACCACUUUUUGUACCAAAUAAUACUCAUUAA